AUGAUAAACUAUUAUAGACGCUUUAUACCCCGCUGCUCUCACAUCCAACAACCGAUUCAGGAUUACAUACAUGGUAAAAGUAAGUGGUCGACGGAUCAAGAUGAGAGCUUUAACACAUUAAAGUCACACCUAAUCUCAAACCCAAUAUUAGUCUCCUUUAAACACGAUGGUCAUUACAGAUUAACAACCGACGCUUCAAAGAAUGGAUUAGGUGCUGUACUCGAAGAAGUGAAUGAGCAAGGAAAAAUUCUCGGGGUCGUGGGUUAUUUUUCAAAAACUUUACAAGGCGCUCAAAAAAAUUACUCUGCUGGAGAUCUUGAACUCCUAGCCAUUGUCGAAGCCUUAUCACAUUUUAAAUAUAUGCUUCAUGGCAUGCAUUUUAUAUUGAGAACAGACCAUAUUAGUUUACUAACGGCACAAAAGAACAAAGAACCCUCUCGUAGAGUAAUUAAAUGGUUAAAUGAAUUAGCCGAAUAUGAUUUUAAACUAGAAUACUUAGCAGGUCCAAAGAAUGUAGUAGCUGAUGCUAUUUCCAGAGCAGAUUACAAUAUUGCUGCUAUUGAAGAUGCUGCCGUCACAUUAGAUCCGAAAAAUUGGUACGAAGAAUACCUAGCUGACCCAUUAUGUGCUGCCUGUUUUGUUUAUAUUACCAAACUUGAUACAAAAGACUUACCCAUUUGCAACUCAUCAUUGUUCAAGAAAUAUAUGAAGAAAUUGAACUUAUCAAGAACCUUUCGCCAUUGUUUUACAAUUAAUGACAAUAUUAUUUACUUUAAAGAACGCUAUGUUGUUCCCGACGCUAAACGAAAUGAAGUCCUUCGAAUAUAUCACGACCAUGGCCUUUAUGGUGGUCAUUUCGGUUCAACCGUUACAUACAAUAAAAUUGCAAGUCGUUAUUAUUGGCCAAAAUUACACCACUCUGUUAAUGAAUAUGUCUCUUCCUGUAUACAAUGCCAGUUGAUUAAAUCUCAUCGCCCUAAUAGACAGGGCUUAUUGAUGCCUUCUGAAGUUCCCGAAGGUCGAUGGUUAAAUAUUAGCAUAGAUUUUGUAUCUGGUUUACCUAAAUCAGAACAAGGUAACGACAUGAUUAUGGUUGUAGUCGACAUGUUUUCAAAAAGAACUCACUUAAUUGCUGGUAGUUACCCAUUUGAUACUACUUCCGUUAUUAAUGCUUUAUUCCGUUAUAUUUUCGCUUACCAUGGAUUUCCAUAUUCCAUUACUUCAGAUAGAGACCCUCGUUUUACCUCUACAGAAUACCAAGAAAUGGCAAAAAGGUUGAAUAUAAAAUUGAAAAUGUCCACAGCAAAUCACCCACAAACAGAUGGUCAAACUGAACGUACAAUACAGAUCCUUAAUAGGUUAUUAAAGACUUAUACUGGUAACAAUCAUAGACAAUGGGAUCGUUUACUUCCUCACAUCGAAUUCGUCUAUAACUCUACUCCCAAUCGCGUAACCAAGACAGCUCCUUUUGAAGUAGAUAUUGGAUACAUCCCUAAUGAACCAAUCAUAGUUACAGGAGAUGCUGUUUCUUCCCGUCAUGAUUCAACACAAGAACUAGCCACAAAGUUGAAAGCACUUACUUUACGCACAAAAGAUUUCUUAACUGAGAAUCAGAUCAACAUGGAAGUUACACAUAACAAAGGGAGGAAGGAAGUUACCUUUGAAAUUGGUGAUUUUGUACUGCUACAUCGUGAUGCUUAUUUUAAGAGAGGUCAAUAUCUAAAGCUACAACCCAUAUACGUUGGCCCAUUUAAGGUAGUUAAGAAAAUAAAUGACAAUGCUUACGAAUUAGAUUUACCUUCGAUGAAAAAGACUCACAGAGUUAUUAAUGUUGAAAAACUAAAACCGUUAAAACGUAGAAAAGACCGCUAUCCAAAAGAUCCGCCUAAUACUGCUGCCGAAAGGAAAUUAAGAGUACAUGAAAUUAUUAAUGUAGUCGGUUACGAUAAAGAUAACAAAGUGUUUUAUUGUCAUAUGGAAGAUGUUGAUCCGACUAUUACAGUAGAAUAUCCAGUAGAAGAAUUUAACUUACUCCCAACAAAUAUUGGUCAAUCUUUAAUUGACAAUUUCGUACAAUUAUGGAAACAAGGUUCCCAAGAGAGAGAGGAAGAUGUUGUGGAAUAG